AUGGCAGCCACCAAGCCGACCAGGGAUGGAAUGGUCUUCAAGACAGUAGGCAAGCUUGACAUCACUUUUGAUCUCUAUGUCCAAGAUAACGGCGAGAAUAUACCCAUCCUCCUCUGGUUCCACGGUGGAGGUCUUAUCCAAGGCCACCGCAGUUCAUUAGCGCCACAUAUGCGUAAUGCCGUCAAGAAGCACAACUUGGCCGUCAUCUCAGCCGACUACCGCCUGGCCCCUCAAGCCACAGUGCAAGAAAUCCUCGAAGAUGUCCAGGACUGCGUCGAGUUCAUUCGGGAAAAACUCUCUGGCCAAGUUGGGGAGGGUGUGUUGGACACCACCCGAAUCGCAGUCUCGGGGAGCUCGGCAGGCGGCUACCUCGCUCUUCUCGCAGGACUAUAUGUGGAGCCUAAGCCCAAUGUUAUCGCGCCUAUAUACCCCAUCACCGACCCCUUGGGUACAUUCUUCACCAACCCACAACCGCCAGCCAUGGGACGGCCUUUCGUCGAGCGGGACGAAGUCGCGGAGUUCCUGGACCCGAAAGCACCACAAGUCGCAAGUAACGACAGUAACAGCGCGAGAAGCAAGAUGUACAUCCGUAUGAUGCAUGAUGCGAACUUGGCGAAGCUGUGGAGUGUGCCAGAGGGCAAGGAGGCGGAUAAGUGGAGGCUGAGUAGGCAGGUCUACGGAAGGGGGACACCACCAGCGUAUGUCCUGCAUGGUGAUGGUGAUACUGCUGUGGGGGUGGAACAGGGUGAUGAGGUGGUUGGUGCUAUGUUGGGUUGUGGGAUUGAGGUCGUGUAUGAACGGCCUCAUGGGAAGGAUCAUUUUUUGGACGCUGGGGAGGACUAUGAAAACGAGGCAUUCUAUCAGUUCUUGCUGAAGCAUCUGAAAUGA